ACCGAUAAACACUAUCGCACCAUGUUCUGGGUGACCAUCAUCGGGGCUGCCAUAUUAUGGAUCACCUGGAAGCUGUUGGCAGACGAUGAUCCGCUGGACAAGUUACCAGGGCCGAAGAAAUGGCCUAUUUUGGGCAACCCGUUCAUCCUGUCCAUGUCGUCACAAGAGGAAUAUUUCGUCCUAGUGCGUGAAUUUGUGAAGCAAUAUGGCGACCGGUUCGUGUUCAAAGUGUUCAACACGCGGAUCCUCAACAUUUGCGGCGCUAAGGAUACAGAAGUGGUUUUAUCGCACUCUCGCAACAUCACCAAAAGCAGCCACUACAAAUUCGUGGAGCCGAUGCUUGGGACUGGGCUGCUGCUGAGCACAGGUAACAAAUGGCACAGUCGUCGUAAACUCCUGACCCCAACGUUCCACUUCAACAUCCUGAAGAACUUCGCCGUGGUCAUGGAAGAGAGGAGCAGAUCCUUCGUCCGGCAGCUUCGGGAGACCAAGGGGUCGGAGGUCGAAGUAGCUUCCCUCAUCAAGGACUUCACUCUCUACACUAUUUGUGAAACCGCCAUGGGCAUCAGCCUAGAUCUAGACAAGUCUGAGCCAGCGUUAAACUAUCUCGACGCCGUCAUUAACAUCGGACCUUUAAUCUUAGAGAGAAACUUAUGCUUCUGGCUGCAAUCGGACCUCAUUUACCACAGAUUACCCGCUGGUAGACGGCACGAAAAAUACUUGAAAACAAUCCACUCUUUUGCCGAUAAUCUUAUUCAUGGGAGAAAACAGCAGAGACUGAGAGAUAUGGAAGAGUUUGAGACAGAAGAAGUUGGAGUUAAAAGGCGGUUGGCGUUUUUGGAUCUCUUGUUGGAAGUGGAGAGUAAAGGGGAAAUAGAUUUAGAGGGGAUCAGAGAGGAAGUUAAUACGUUCAUGUUUGAGGGCCAUGACACUACCGCGAAUGCCUUAAUUUUUGGCAUAAUGUUAUUGGCUGACCACCCAGAAGUACAGGAUAAAAUUCGUGAAGAAUAUCGCAAAAUAAUCGGCGAGGCGGAUCGCUCGUUCACCAUGUCCGACUUCACCGAAAUGAAGUAUCUAGAGGCUGUGAUCAAGGAGACGCUCCGCCUGUAUCCCAGCGUGCCGUUUAUUGGACGGACCGUUACUGAGGACUUUAUGCUCGAUGACGUGCGAGUGCGCGCCGGCACCCAAGUCGCUCUCCGGAUCUACGACCUCCAGCGAUGCCAGGACCUGUUCCCAGAACCUCACGAGUUCAAGCCGGAGAGGUUCUUGGAGACAGACCACAGGCCCUACGCUUUCGUGCCCUUCAGCGCCGGCCCUAGAAACUGCAUCGGUCAACGUUUCGCCAUGAUGGAGAUGAAAUGCGUGCUCAGCAUGAUCUGCGACAACUUCAGACUGGAGCCGAGGGUCAAGGACCACCGGCCGGCGCUGGCGGCGGACUUAGUGCUGCGGGCCGUCGAACCCAUCCACGUGCGCUUCCUGCCAAGAUAAUAAAACAAAAUU